AUGGUUGGACAGAGGAGGCCAAGUAGAUCAUGUUCAAUAUUGAUAUGGGGUGGCUUUCUAUUGCUUUACGCCGCGUUAACCGCAAUCAUAGAUUGUACUCAGAGCAAUGGGACAAGCACGACAGUUAUUCCAUUGUCGUCCAGUGUCAAGCAAUCUUCAUCCGCAGACCUAGUGACCACGGAUGAUACUUACGCGUCUGGUGACGGUCAAACAAUUCUUCCGACACAAUCGUUACUUCAAAAUGAAAACCAAACUACGGAAAGCAUUUCGGUUCUAAAUACAGCUAACACAUCAACAAUUAUUACCGACGAAGCGGCUGAGAAAUGCACUCCACCAGCAAUAAAACAGUUCCCCAGGCCUUUUAUGAGACCCUCGGUGAGACGACGAGGAGGAAUAUUAAUCCACAUAAUUAUAUGUAUUUAUAGCUUCUUAGGAUUAGCAAUCGUAUGUGAUCACUAUUUUGUAAAGUCAUUGGAUAGAAUUUGUGAAGAACUUAAAGUAAGCCCUGAUGUUGCGGGUGCAACAUUUAUGGCGGCUGGUAGCUCUGCGCCUGAAUUGGCUACCGUUGUCAUUGGUGUAUUUCUAGCCAAAGACGAUAUAGGUGUUAGCGGAGUCAUCGGAUCUGCCGUUUUCAAUAUUAUGUUUGUCAUAGCUGUUUGUGGUUUAGCAUCCACAACCGUCACUUACCUCAACUGGUGGCCGCUUUGCAGGGAUUCAUUUUUCUACACCAUAAGCAUACUCAUCAUGCUGUUAGCCAUUUAUAACGAAACUAUAUCAUGGAUCGAAAGUUCUAUGCUGCUUCUGGCGUAUGUCGUAUAUUGUGUGGCGCUGUAUUACAACUUGUACUUGGAAGCAUGGGCCAAUACUUGGAACCUACCAUUUCCACCAAGAAAUCACGGACAAAUAAACGAAUUGUUUGCGGAUCAACAAACAUCAGAUAUGAAAGAAGGCCAAGAACAAAUUCAAUUGACUGGUACUAAAAGUCCGACGGGGUAUGACACUACUGGAUCAACAGGAAUAGACCAACAAGAACAAAACCAACAGCAGAAAAAUCAACAAAUACAACAAAAUCCAGACUAUUAUAUACCAAAGGUGUAUCAUGAAGCUGAUGAGGUAAAUCCCUUGCUUAAGCCGGAAAAUGGAAAUAUUUUACAUGUUAUUCAAUGGGCCGUUAUGUAUCCAAUUUAUUUUACUUGUUAUUAUACAAUGCCGGACUGUCGGAAAGAAAAUUUCAAAAAUUGGUAUGGAUUAACAUUUGUUAUAUCUAUGCUAUGGAUUUCUGUGUAUUCUUAUAUUAUGGUCUGGAUGAUCACAGUAAUUGGUAAUACACUUGGGAUACCAGAUACAGUCAUGGGACUUACGUUUGUUGCAGCUGGAGUCAGUGUACCAGACGCUCUAUCAAGUCUUUCAGUAGUUAAAGAAGGUUACGGUGACAUGGCUGUAUCUAACGCAAUUGGAAGUAACGUGUUUGACAUAUUAGUAUGCCUAGGACUUCCGUGGUUUUUGCAAACUGCUGUAUUUAAUCCCGGGAGCACUGUAAAAGUAUACAGUAAAGGUUUAACUUAUUGCACAUUAACUCUUCUAUCGACCGUAGUAUUUUUGUUGGUGGCAACGCACAUGAAUGGAUGGAAGUUGGAUAGAAAAUUUGGAGCUGUUCUUAUGUUGUGGUAUUUGAUUUUCAUCGCAAUAGCUAGUUUAUACGAAAUGAAUGGUACAAUGAAUCCACCCAGCUGCUUGACCGACUAUUAA